AUAUCGAUUAGUAAACCGGAAGUUGAGUGACGGACCUUUGCAUCUACAAUGCUGUGACUAUUUGUUGAACACGAGUUGAAUAAUCUGAUGUCGUUCUUUCCCCGGGAAAGCGGUUUACUUACUUAUUUGAGAGAAUAUGGGAUUACAGGGUUGUUUAAGGGGAGGCUCAAUUUAUGGCGCAUUUGAUGUAUGGUAAAGUCGAGAACGCAUCGAUUUACUUUGGACGCGAUUAACUUCGCCAUGGCUCAAGGAGCUGCGCACCUCACCACCAUCGUCGCAGAUGUGGACGACAGACCAUCAAUAUUUGAGGUUAUUGCCCAAGAGAGCCUCAUGGAAACUGUAAGACCAGCUCUGGAACACGCCAUUAAGGUCCUGGUGGAUGCCAACCCAGCCCGCUAUUGUUUCUUAUGGAAAUGGUUUGAUGAGAUCUAUACUGUGUUAAACCUUUUACUUCAGCAUCACUUUCUUUCCCAAGCAAGUGCUUCCUUUGCAGAAAACUUUUAUGGCCUGAAACGCAUGUCCUUAAGACGACCUUUGGUUUCCCAACCACCUGCCAGCCAGGGCCUCCCCAAAAAACAGCACUUGUAUUCCCUUCUUCUCCUAGUACUAUUUCCCUACAUACGGACAAAACUGGAAAAGUUUGCAUCUAGGCUACGGGAAGAAGAUGACUAUGCUAUUCAGCUCUCUGCCUCACCUAAGAAGAAGUUUUACAAGGCUUUUCUUGCAGCGUACCCCUUUGUCAGCAUGUCUUGGGAGGGCUGGAUAUUCUCCCAGCAGUUGCUGUAUGUAUUUGGUAGGACUAAACAUCAUUCACCUCUUCUUAAGUUGGCUGGAGUGCGCCUUGCAUACCUGACAGCAGCUGAUAUCCAUGCACUUGAAAGUAUUCCUCCAAGUCCUGGAUCAGGUUUGCAUCAAAGCUGUUCAGAGAAAUUGAAGCUUUUUCUGAACCGGACCAUUGGAAAAGUUGCCUCAUCUCUUUCGACGGGCCUCUCGGUUGGAGUCUUCUUCAUGCAGUUUCUCAGCUGGUGGUACUCUUCUGAAAACCAGGACACAAUUAAAUCAUUAACUUCUCUCCCAACCCCUCCUCCUCCUGUACAUUUGGACCAACAAAAUAGUCCCUUAGAUGUACACAGGCAGAUGCCCCUUUGCCCUCUUUGUCAUAAGUUUUGCUCAAACGAUACCGCUUUGGCGACCUCUGGUUAUGUGUUCUGCUACCGCUGUGUUUAUACAUAUGUGAAACUUCAUCAGAGGUGUCCACUGACUGGAUAUCCCACUGAACUCCAGCACCUUAUUAAGCUUUACUGCCCAGAGAGUGCAUCAGAAUACUGAUAGUUUUACCGUGAUUAUAUCUGACAACCUUCAAUCCACCAAAUUCAUUUGGAAGCCGCCUUUUCCAUUACAGGUUAGAUAGUAUGUAACUUGUUAUAUAAUACAUUUUGAUAUAGGUAUCAAUUCAUAAUCCCUCGUCCUAAUUGAUUAUUGGGAUUUUUGAUGGAUUAUUUUUCUACAUCCCCAUUACAGAAUUCCGUAAGUACAAUUAAGUUAAUAUUGUCUUUGUUGACGCCCUUUGUAUGGAUGAUCUAAUAAAACCUUCAUUUCAACCAUUA